AUGCUCCUUCGAGCGCUCACUUUCCUUCUCUCUACCGCUCCUUUGAUCGCGUUUGCCUUGGCAAAUGAGGCGACUAUCGAGGUUGUGGAUGACGAGGUUGUCAUUCCAACGCUAGGGCGUCGCAACGGGAAUAUGGCCCCCCAUCCUGCACUUCCAUAUGUUGCCAUGCCCGAUAAUGCGCGUCCUAUUCGCAAUGGGACAGAGCUCCCACCGUAUUCCACCCUGUACUACUUUGAUCAGUUGAUCGACCACAAUAAACCAGAGCUUGGGACGUUUAAGCAGCGUUAUAUGUUUACCUGGGAGUAUUAUGAGAAAGGAGGCCCGAUCAUUCUUUCCACACCUGGAGAGGCUAAUGCUGCACUCUAUUCUAGCUACCUGACGAAUCGCACCGUGGUAGGCCAAAUCGCCCAACCAAAUCACGGCGCUGCAGUUGUCCUCGAGCACCGAUUCUUCGGCCUCUCCAACCCUUAUCCCGACCUCAGUAGCGGCUCACUUUCAGUUCUCACGCUGGAACAAUCGACGGCAGAUUUGGUUUACUUUGCGAAGAAUGUGCAUUUGCCUUUCCCGACAGACGUAGAAGAUGGGUCAAAAGUUGGUCCGGAUAGGAAUCCUUGGAUUUUGGUAGGCGGAAGUUAUAGCGGUGCUCUGGUCAGCUGGACAAUGAAUAGUCAUCCUGGUGUAUUCCAUGCUGGGUACUCGUCCUCUGGUGUUGUCCAAGCUAUCUCGUAUUACUGGGCAUAUUUUGAGCCUAUCCGACAAUACAUGCCGAAGAACUGCUCUGCUGAUGUCGAGCGGGUCAUCAAUUACAUGGACCUGACCUUUACCUUUGGUUCCAAGAAAGAGAAAAAGGCACUGAGAGCCAAGUUUGGCAUGCCAAACGUGACUCAUUACGAUGAUGUUGCAGGGACUCUGCGAAACCAGUUAUGGGCAUGGCAGUCGCUUACUCCCGCCUCGGGAGGUGGCGAGUUCUUUACUUUCUGCGACGCGCUCGAGGUGAAGAAUGGCACAGCUGCCGGACCCAAAGGCUGGGGACUCGAACAUGCACUCGACGCAUGGGGAAAGUACGAGACGCAGUAUGUCGCCAAUUAUUGCCAGGAUACACCACAAGAUGAAUGUUUGGGCUCUUACGAUUCCACUCUGGGCUACUUCCACGAUACCAAGGUCGAUAAUGCCUAUCGUUCAUGGAUGUGGUUUUGCUGCAAUGAAGUCGGAUACUGGCAGGAUGGGGCCCCUCUCGGCUGGCCGUCGAUUGUGACGCGUUUGGUCACUCCGCAAUACGACGAGCGUCAAUGUACAUACUGGUUCCCAGAGGCCUUCCCAACCGCCGCCAGAGCCAAGACGCUGGACACGAACCGCAAAUACAAGGGCUGGGACGUCAACCAAGAUCGUCUAUUCUUCGUCAACGCCAAUAAGGACCCAUGGAGAGAGGCGACCGUCUCUUCUGAUUUCCACCGUCGCCUUUCGACCUCACGUCAGCCCAUUCAUGUAUUAGAGAAUGGCUAUCAUUGUAGCGACCUUAUUACACGCUUCAACAUUGCAUCAGACAUCAAGAAGGUACAAGAUACGGCGGUGCAGACAUUCACCAAGUGGAUUUCCGAGUUUGUGCCCAAGAACAAACGGGAGGUAUCAGAAUCGGUGGAGAAGAAGAGUGUUCUGGACAAUGAAGUCAUGCCCCCCAUCUUCGAGAGGGACAGCACGGCGUUGCCGCCAGUCAAUGCGACACCGCCGACCGUGGACCUUGGAAGCGUCAACGCCGGAGCGAGCGUGGAUCCUGCACAGUCGGGUGCGUCUCCAUCCCAUGUCGCGCCUAAGAACGCUUGGAGGCUUGGAGCCGUAGUCGUGUAG